UCAAUUUUCGUUCACUUCGCACCAAUCUUCUAUGUAGUAUGCUGCCAGGAUCAAGAACGAAAACAAGGGUGUGACCAAGAGUAGCAAAUAUGUUUUCCUCCUUGCUUUUGUGGAAGAAAAAGUGGUACAUUUAGCGUUUCAGAGAAAAUCCUUAAUUAAUAGCCCAAAAAGUGUGUGAGCGUGCAAUGGGGACCGGUAAAAUGGAGUACUGGCACAAUUAAUGCAGAAAGGACCAUUAAUUUCGCCGUGGAGUACAACACGGCAGGAAAAAAAAGUUCAAGUGAAAGACGGCUUAAAUCUAGUGGGUGCUCUUCUCUGCUGAACAGGAUUUUUCCUCUUCGUCGCCACACGGCCUAGCCUGGGUUAUGACGUAUUCGUGUUCUUUGCUCCUUGUAAAAAAGCAUUAAUGAUUGUGAGAAGAAAGGAGAUUAUAACCGAUACGGAUCUCCCGCUACUGUUAGCGCAUGAAAAUGUAAAAUAUCAAGAAAAAGCGAUAACUGCCCCCUUUUUUGCAAUCGGGCAACAUAAAAUCGGUGCAUCGGAAGUUCAAUCAUCGGCUCACCAGCGAAAAUAGUGUCGAUUAGCGUUCGCUGCUUCUGGUACAUGUGCAGUGGUCUGCUGCUGACACACAAUGCAGGGUUCAACUCCACCAAUAAUGGGAUAUCCCGAGGAUGACGAUCAAUACAAGGUACCGCUCAUAGCCAAACUGCUCCAUGCACUACCUCAUUACAACAUCACUUUCCAUCGGAUCAACAAUACCUUUCGCCCCUCGAAUGAAGUGUAUUUAGAGAGCCUGGGCAUCCUCGGAUCAAUACCAGCUGCGCUGUUGAUAGUCUCGUUGUUUGGACUGCUACUGUAUCUCCUAACGCGAUGUUGCGAUCGGAAACCUCGACCCGCUCAUUCGAUAACUAGUCUUAAAGUUACGCUAUCUAUAGUUACUGUGUUGUGCUGUGCAGCGAUCGGCCUAGGUCUGUACGGAAACGAUGAUCUUCACAACGGGUUGCUGGAGGUGUUACAAGCCGGACGAAAGGUGGAUAAUGUCGUUUCGUCCGUUCGAAACCACACGUUCACGUUGGAGAAUACUCUGACAAUGAAAAUACAGCAACAGUUGACCGAGUUGGAAGAUAUUUUCGACGGGAAGGCAAAUAACCAGACAGCCUUGGCACAGCUCCAGCUGGCAUUGGCAAUUACUAAGGGUAAUGUUACUAUCGCAAAGAAUGCAGCCAAUGAUAUCCGACGUCCGCUGGUUGGAUUAACUAUCACUGAUUUUCUCUCGAAAGGAGAUCAAUGGGAACUGAUCCGGUGGCCGGGUACGGUUGCCAUCCUCGCACUUUUAUUGGUAUUAUGCGCUGUUUUGUUGGUUGGGGUAGCCCGUCACUCUCGGUGCGCUUUGAUUUUAUUCAGUGUAUGCGGACUGUUGGCUGUCACAGGAUCAUGGCUUAUGUCUGGGCUUUAUCUGUCGACAUCCGUCGCUGUGGGAGAUUUGUGCAAUGAUCCAGCAGAUUUCCUAGUUCAUCAGGCCCCGAACGAGUUACCCUCGGAUAUACUACUAUAUUACACACAAUGUGACAUUUCACGAUCCAACCCUUUCACGCAACGACUUCGUGAAUCGCAAAAUGCAAUCAACAAUGCACGAAAUGCGAUGAGCACUGUAUCAAAAAUAUCUCCAGUAUUAUUCAAAAAUGCUGGCCUAGGACCAAAACUGGGUUCCGUGAAUGCAGAUAUUAAACUGUGUGAACGAAUUUUGACCGGACUGACAGCGCUGGUAGACUGCAAACAAGUUCACCACAGCUAUCUCAAUGCAACGAGAGGUCUCUGCGAAGGAGGACUUCUGGGUUUAGUUCUCAUGUUGAUCGCUAGCUUCAUGGCAGCCAUUCUACUAACCGUGAUGGUUUGGGUUGAUUCCCAUACAUGGAUAUACAUAAGGAAGAGGAACGACUAUGCUCAAGUUGAAGAGCAAUCAUAUGUAUCAGCCCAUCAACUCCAUCCUCAAAAUCAUCAGAAUAUGAAUGUGCGAACACUGCCACAUCAUCCAAAAGGUCCUCCGGUAAUAAGUGGAUCUCAUACUCUAGCACACCCUGGACGGAACGUAAAGCACGAGCUGACACCACAACAACAGGCACAUAUGCAUCACCAUCAUCAAGCCGUAAUGCGACCAGGAGGAACGCAUACCCUCGGACGAUUGCCCUCCCACAACAAUAGUCCAACCCACGUGCAUGGACCUAACAAUGGCAAAUAUGCCACCCUGAGCAAGCACUGCAAAACACUAGAUGCAAAUGACUUUUACUGA